AUGCUGGACAGCAACGUGUUCACGUCCAUUUUCUUCGGCUUCGGUGCGUCCAUGCUGGGCAUCACGGGCUUUGAAUCAUCGUCCAACUACGUGGAGGAGCAGCAGCCGGGUGUGUUUCGCAAGACACUGCGCAACAUGUGGGCACUCGUCACGUUUUUCAACAUCGGUUUGGCUGUCGGCAUCCUAGCGGUGCUGCCUCUUGAAGGCGACGACGGCAUUUACGCACACGGCGAGGCACUGCUGGCGAGAGUUGGCCACGUCGCUGUUGGAAGCUGGUUCGAAACGUGGGUAUGUGUGGAUGCCUUCGUUGUGCUCUGCGGUGCCGUGCUCACUUCGUACGUCGGCAUUUGCGGUCUGGUUGAACGACUUUCGAACGACCGCGUGCUGCCCGCCUUCUUGGCCAAGAAGAACAAGCUCCGCGGCACCAGCCACUACAUCAUCGGCAUCUACUUCUUCUUGUCGUCCAGCCUCGUUCUGAUCCUGAACGCGGACGCUACGACGGUUAACGGAGUCUACACAUACGCGUUCCUGGGUCUCAUGGCGAUGUUCUCAUGCGCGUGCAUGCUGCUGAAAGGUAAACGCUCGGAGAUUCCUCGGGAUAUCCAAGCGUCGUGGGCCGUCGUCAUCUUGGGCUUCUUGCUCGUUGUGGUCGGCAUCUUCGCCAACCUACUUGGAGACCCGUCGGUGCUCAUGUACUUUGCCAUCUACUUCAUCGCAGUGAUGCUGGUGAUGUUUGUCAUGUUCGAACGAGUCACGAUUCUCCGCGUUGUGCUAGCGGUCCUCAAAAGUGUGGCCCCAUCGCGGUUCGGAAAGGAGGCGUUCAUCGGAAUGGCGGACGAUGGCACCCCGGAGGUGGAGCACACGGGUGCUCGCGGUGGACGCACCAUCGCCCGCACCAUUGUCAGCAUCCGUGAGACCCCCAUCGUCUUCUUCUGCAAGGUGCCCGACCUCACGAUCAUCAACAAGGCCAUCAUCUACG